CUGCCAAGUACGGGAGGACAUCAUGGGGGACAUGGGGGAUGCCUGAAUGAAGGAAUGGAUCGAUGGAGGACAGGGAAUCAACCAAUGCUCUUGGCACUGCAAGCCCAGACCAGCGCUUUGGCUGUGCCGCCCUUGCUUGGGCCUUUACCAGCCAGGGGGGUUAUCGAUGCUGGCUGGCUGCUCUCUUGGUUGGGCCCUCGAUUUGGCAGCUCGUGAAGCAGCCAUGCGUCCAUCCGGGAAGCUCCUCCCCUCCCUCCACCGCAAAUCUCAGCGGUACCCCUCCGCCCAUAAAUUGGCGGUAUCACCCAUUUCAUCCUCCCCUGGGCUCGUGGGCCAGUCAUUCCUUUUCGCGUCGAACUACGUCAGGUCCUCACCAUGGGAGCUCUACAGUGGCUUGCGCUCACGGUUGCUGCGGCAUCCGCAGCAUCGGCCUUGACCCCAGAGCAGAUGAUCAGUGCUCCACGGAGAACCGAAGUCAUUCCGAACCCCUCAGGUGACACUGGACUGUUCUCAACAUCACAAUACUCAUUUGACACUCAUUCAAGCGACACAUGGUGGAGCUUGAUCGAUCUCGACUCGGGAGAUACCAAGGCCCUUACUGAUGACAGCAAUGUUUCCGAGAUGAUCUGGCUGGGCUCGGACAGCUCCACGGUCCUCUACAUCAACAGCACCAAUGCACAAAUUCCAGGUGGCGUGGAGUUAUGGAUUGCAGACACUUCGGACUUUGCCAAUGGCUACAAAGCAGCCUCCCUCUCAGCCAAUUUCCUCGGCAUCAAGUCAGUCGUUACAGACUCUGGUGACGUGAAAUACAUCUUGCGCGGAAAAUCGCUUCCAAACGGAACUGCCUAUAACGACCAACUUGCGACACCUUUGCCGAGUUCAGCUCGCAUCUACGACAGCAUCUUCGUUCGGCACUGGGACACCUACCUUACCCCCAUUUCGCACGCUAUAUUCUCAGGCACAUUGCAAAGCUCAGCCAGUGAGGACGGCAAAGUCCAGUAUAGCUCCACAGGGACCUUGGAGAACUUGGUUAACCCGGUCAAGGGUGCCGAAAGCCCUUUCCCUCCCUUUGGUGGCAACUCAGACUAUGACCUCUCGCCAGACGGGAACUGGGUUGCGUUCAAGAGCAAGGCUCCAGAGCUGCCUCUUGCUAACAACACGGCUUCUUAUAUUUACCUCGUCCCACAUGAUGGUUCUGCGAAGGCAUUUGCAAUCAACGGACCCGACAGUCCUGCCACUCCGGAGGGGAUUGAAGGUGAUUCUAGCAACCCAGUGUUCUCUCCCAACAGCGACAAAUUGGCAUACUUCCAGAUGGCAGAUCGGGAAUAUGAGUCGGACCGCCGCAUGCUGUAUGUGUACACGAUUGGUUCCGAUCAGACCAUUCCGAGCCUUGCCAAAGAUUGGGACCGGUCUCCAGACACUGUUAAGUGGGUCGAUCAAGACAAUCUGGUAGUGACAAGUGAAGACCUAGCUCGGACUAGGCUGUUCUCUCUUCCAGUUGAUGCUGGGGAUGACUUCAAGCCGACAAACUUCACAGAUGGCGGCUCUGUGUCAGCGUAUUACGUUCUACCUGACUCCACCCUUCUUGUCACUGCCAGCGCUUUCUGGUCAAGCUGGAACGUUUACACUGCAAGUCCAGACCAGAGCGUUAUCAAAACAUUGGCAUUAGCCAACGAGAUCGAUCCUGAGCUCAGCGGGCUUGGCCCAGCUGACAUUGAUGAGUUCUACUACGAUGGCAAUUGGACUACUCUCCAUUCGUGGAUCAUCUAUCCCGAGGGCUUCGACAAGUCCAAGACGUACCCGCUGGUCUUCUACAUCCACGGCGGACCUCAAAGUGCCACGACCGAUUCCUGGAGCACACGGUGGAACCUGAAGGUCUUUGCGGACCAGGGAUAUGUAGUCGUCGCACCAAACCCUACAGGGAGUACUGGUUUCGGUCAGAAGCUAACCAAUGCGAUUCAAUCCGACUGGGGCGGCGCUCCCUACGACGACCUCGUCAAAGCCUGGCAAUACGUUCACGACAACUUCGACUUCAUCGACACCGACAACAGCGUCGCCGCAGGAGCCAGCUACGGUGCCUUCAUGAUCACCUGGAUCCAAGGCAGCGAGUUUGGCCGGAAAUUCAAAGCCCUCGUCAGCCACGACGGUCCAUUCGUCGGCGACGCCAUGAUCGAGACAGACGAACUAUGGUUCAUCGAACAUGAUUUCAACGGCACCUUCUGGGAAACCCGCGACGCAUACCACAACACCGACGCCUCCGGCCCCGAACGGGUCCUCCAAUUCAGCACCCCCCAGCUCGUCAUCCACAGCGACAACGACUACCGUAUCCCCGUCUCCGCGGGCAUCGGACUCUUCAAUGUCCUCCAGGAGCGAGGCGUGCCUAGUCGGUUUUUGAAUUUCCCUGACGAAGACCAUUGGGUUACGAAGCAAGAGAAUAGUCUGGUUUGGCAUCAGCAGGUUUUGGGCUGGUUGAAUCGGUAUUCUGGAGUAGAGGAGGCGAAUCCGGACGCUGUUAGUCUGGAUGAUACGAUCAAUCCGGUUGUGAAUAUCAAUGCGUGAUGUGGUGCGGUAUCUGUCUAUUGGGUGGUCUUAGAUGUUGAAUGGAUGAGACGAGCACCUGUGUCAGACCUGAUGUGUAAUCGUAAUUUAUUCUGUAGCGACAAGUGGUCAACCAACCCGUUAUACCAUAC